UGGGGUCCUCUAUAGUCAGUGUCUGGAUGACAUUCUUAUAAUAUGUAAGCACUGGACGUUAUUCAAUGCUUAAUCUCAGAUGAACUGUACGAAGACAGAAUAACCAGAAAUACAUAGUAUUUUGAAAGCGUAGGGGUCAAGUGGCACUGGGAGAAUGGCUCAAAUGUUGGGGCUUCUCUCGAGGGCUGCUAUGCCUCUACGGAUGUCCGUAAGACCUUGUUAUGGACGGAGUACAGUGGUGGCAGCAAGAAAUGUUUCUGUGCUGCUUGGCUACCGUGGGUCUGUCAGGACUCUUGCUAAAAAUAAGUUAUUAUCCGCUCAUGAAAUAUAUUCAUCUCAUCAACCAACGUUACUGUACUCCACUGAGCCACCAAACGCAGACGGGAAAGGGAAGGAAUCAGGUGGCAGUGGAGGUCGUGGAGGGAAAAGAGGAGGAGGGGGGAAAGACUGGUGGAGCCGAAUGCAGAAGGGUGACAUCCCUUGGGAUGAGAAAGACUUCCGUGCCUUAGCUGUGGUGUUAGUGGGGUUUUCUUCGGUGGCUCUCUACUAUCAGUUCAGAGACACAGGCAAGGAGAUCACCUGGAAAGACUUUGUGCAUCGCUACCUUGGCCGAGGAAUGGUUGACCGUUUAGAGGUCGUCAACAAACACUAUGUGAGAGUCAUUCUUGUCCCAGGAGCAGAGGCUGACGUGAGCUAUGUUUGGUUCAACAUUGGCAGUGUGGACACCUUGGAGAGGAACCUGGAGUUGGCUCAUCAGGAGCUGGGACUAGAGCCCUCCAAUAGGACCACAGUGGUGUACAGCAGCGAGAGCGACGGGUCAUUUGUGAUGAACAUAUUCCCCACCUUGUUGUUGAUUGGCUUCCUGCUCUUUACCAUGCGACGGGGACCUAUGGGAGGAGGUGCUGGGGGUGGAAGAGGCGGUCCGUUCAGCAUGAGCGAAUCAACAGCGAAGAUGAUGAAGGACAACAUCAACAUAAAGUUUAAGGAUGUGGCUGGUUGUGAAGAGGCCAAACUCGAGAUCAUGGAGUUUGUGAACUUCCUGAAGAACCCCCAGCAGUACCUGGACCUGGGUGCUAAGAUCCCCAAGGGUGCUGUGCUCACUGGACCUCCGGGCACCGGGAAGACUCUGCUGGCCAAGGCAACAGCAGGGGAGGCCAACGUUCCCUUCAUCACUGUCAACGGCUCAGAGUUCCUGGAGAUGUUUGUGGGCGUCGGGCCUGCCAGGGUGAGGGACAUGUUUUCCAUGGCCCGGAAGAACGCCCCUUGUAUACUGUUCAUAGAUGAGAUAGACGCGGUGGGCCGUAAGAGGGGCGGCGGUAAUUUCGGAGGCCAGAGCGAACAGGAGAACACUCUGAACCAGCUUCUGGUAGAGAUGGAUGGGUUUAACACCAGCACUAAUGUAGUCGUCCUGGCCGGGACCAACAGACCGGACGUUCUAGAUCCGGCGCUCAUGAGGCCUGGCAGAUUCGACAGGCAGAUCUACAUAGGCCCGCCCGACAUCAAAGGCAGGGCGUCCAUCUUCAAAGUGCACUUACGGCCCAUCAAACUGGACCCGGCUAUGGACAAAGACGGCUUGGCCAGGAAGAUGGCCGCCGCCACACCAGGCUUCACGGGCGCUGAUAUCGCUAACGUUUGCAACGAGGCUGCCCUCAUCGCAGCCAGACACCUCAACCCACACGUGGAAGGGAAACACUUUGAGCAGGCCAUCGACAGGGUCAUUGGAGGCCUUGAGAAGAAAUCCCAGGUGCUCCAGCCGAACGAGAAGAAGACCGUAGCGUACCAUGAGGCUGGCCACGCCGUAGUGGGCUGGUUCCUGCAGCAUGCUGACCCUUUGCUGAAGGUGUCCAUCAUCCCCAGAGGAAAGGGUCUAGGCUACGCACAGUAUCUUCCAAAAGAACAGUACCUGUACACGCGGGAGCAGCUGUUUGACAGGAUGUGCAUGAUGCUGGGCGGGCGUGUGGCUGAGCAGGUCUUCUUUGGGAAGAUCACCACGGGAGCUCAGGACGACCUGAAGAAGGUCACUCAGUCAGCGUAUGCACAGAUUGUGCAGUUUGGGAUGAGUGAGAAGCUGGGCCAGGUCUCGUUUGACAUGCCACGACAGGGGGAGAUGGUGAUGGAGAAGCCUUACAGCGAAGCCACAGCAGAGCUUAUAGACCAGGAGGUCAGAGAUAUGGUGGACAGUGCCUACCAGAGGACCAUGGAGCUCAUUGUGAGCAAGAGAGACUGUGUGGACAUGGUAGGAAAGCGUCUCCUGGAGAAGGAGGUCCUAGACAAGGCGGACAUGCUGGAGCUGCUGGGGUCGCGGCCUUUUGAGGAGAAGUCAACCUACGAGGAGUUUGUGGAGGGGACAGGGAGCUUUGAAGAAGACACCAGCCUGCCUGAAGGCCUGAAGGACUGGAACAAGGAGAGAGCGGACCCAACCGAAGAGCUGGCCCCAGCCAAGGAGAAGCAGGCAACAUCCUAACCACCCCCGUCUCAGCACGUCAUGUAGCUUGGGUUGAGAGAGAGGAUACCAGUAUGCCGUUAUGGCUCCACAUACCGGUAUGAUUUAAAGAAAAAUACUGUCAGUGAUGAUAUAUUGCUAUGAGGUUUAAUUUAAUUAAGAGCUCUUCACACUGGACUUUGAUGUUUGGUUUAUUAUAAAACCAUAAUAAUGGCAAAAGCACAACUAUAAAAGCCCUUGGAAUGUAGUUGUUGCCAUUCAAGAGUCAUGUACGCCUCAGUAGAAUACAGGCUCAAAAUAUAUGCGCAACUAAUCGGAAGUUGCAUCAAAUGGGAAGACCGAGAGGUGCUCAUCAGAGAAUGGGUUUAAACAAUAGUGACCAAGAAGUUGCAGCUGUGUAGAAAUAUUAAACUUUAAACAAAUCCAAAGCACUGUCUCUCCUGGAAAUGUUUUUUGUUGAAUAGCAGCUAUUGCCUGACAGGAGAGGUACCAGGUUCACCUCCAUGGCCUUCUUCAGGGUGCACAGGUUUACAGUGACAGGUGGAAUGAAUUACCAGAAAUGGAGGGGUGUGGACAAUAUCCAUUAAAGUGUAAACUAGUACCUGUAAAGUUAAAAUCUGAAAAUCACUUUAUCCCUAUACAAUGUUAGAAAUAAUAACUUGGGGUUAAUCAGAAAAAGUUGUACAAAUAGCUGCAUACUUACAGACUAACGUUUUUACAGGAGAUUGUGCCUUGGUUUUAACACAGCUGCAAAAUGAUUUGGUCACUAUUCAAAAUUCGAUUAGUCUGAAACAUAAAAUGCUUAACGAAAAUAGUUAUAUAUACGAGUCCUAGGUUGACUUACCACAGUUCCAUUUCAAAGCCAACCUUUCAGAAAGUUGAAUUCAGAUCUUCCAAAGCCUUGUUAUUGGACAGUUUUUGGGGGUUGACCUGAUAUCAUCCUCUUUUAAGGCAAAAAUGGUUGGCAACUGGCACAUUAGAAUUCAGGGUUUAUUUAGCAAUUUUUGCUUACCACCAUAUAAAAAAGACAAGUUGUGAUUUAUGUUCAGCUCUUUAUUUCAAAAGGGAUUUUACCUCCUGGUAACAUUCAAUUCACCAUUGUAUUUUUUCUCCCUGAAACGAAUUCUGCAUUUGAAAGUUGUUGUUGUCCCAAUGAAUUUGCGUUAAUGCAUUAAUCUGCAUUUUCCCUUAAGACGUUCUGGGCAAAGUAAUUGUUUAGUAGGGGAAAAAAAGGUCUGCUUCUGAAAUAAUUCACAAACUGAAUGUUAAUGAAGAUUACUAUUAAGAUUAUAUUCUAGUUUAUCAAAAUGUUACUGGCAGAAAGACCACAAUUUAAUACCCAAGACCUUUUAAAAAGUUCACCUCCUCCUCUCAGGCCUGCAUUGAUGCAGCCGCGUGUGACACUGCAGAAUUUAGUGAUGAUCUGUGUAAAUCAGGAUAUUGCUACCUCACUUCAAAGCGAUAUUUUCAAAUGAACUGCUCUCUUACAGGUUUGUUAAAAGCCUCUUGCCUUCCCCUUUUAAUAGGAUUUCCAGUACUCCAACAUUGUAUCUGAUCUCCACUGAAUGUCUGUUUAAUUAUUUUAAGUAUGUAAUACUCUGGAGCGAAAGUUUGUAUAUAUCUUUUGUCAUAAAAUGUUUGUGUAAUUGAUGGUGUUUUCAAUUGUGCACUAAAAGUACAUUUACCUGUUACCAUCUCUUGUAAAGUGUUACUGGUGGAUGCAAGUGGUUUCCAUUUGGGUCUGUCAGAAGCCGUAUGAUAGCGAUGUGCAUACUACAUUGUAUAAAUGGUUUGAUCAAUAAAUGCAGUGGGCUUUCUCAUUA